AUGUUCGAUUGUCUAGACAUGGAGAUACAAGCGUUGCAUCAAAAUCUGCAUUGGGAACCUAGUUCAGUAGCCCAACCAAACAACUACAUUUCGGAUGACGAUGAUUUUGAAAGCGGCAAUAGUACAGCAAAGCUCUAUGAACGCUCUCGUAUCAAGGCCCUUGCCGACGAACGCGAGAUUGUUCAGAAGAAGACUUUCACAAAGUGGGUUAAUUCCCAUUUGGCAGUUGUUAACCAUCGCGUUGAAGACCUCUACCUUGAUCUCCGUGAUGGCAAGCACCUACUCAGAUUGCUUGAAAUUCUUUCUGGAGAGCGUCUUCCUAAGCCUACUCGAGGCAAGAUGCGGAUUCACUGUCUAGAAAAUGUUGAUAAAUCCCUCAACUUUCUCUGUGACCAACAUGUCCACUUGGAAAAUGUCGGUGCCCAUGAUAUUGUCGACGGCAACCAGCGUUUGACUCUCGGCCUUAUUUGGACUAUAAUCCUGCGUUUUCAGAUUCAGGAUAUUAUUGUUGAGGAAUACCAGACAAGCGAGACUAAAUGUGCCAAAGACGCCCUUUUGUUGUGGUGCCAGAUGAAGACUGCAGGCUACAAUAACGUAAACGUUCGUAACUUUUCAACUUCUUGGCGCGAUGGCCUCGCAUUCAACGCCCUCAUUCAUAAGCACCGCCCCGACCUAAUCGAAUAUCAAAAGCUAACCAAAGCAACGCCUUUGCAAAAUUUGCAGAAUGCCUUCACUGUUGCAGAUGAGAAGCUUGGUAUUCCUCCCCUAUUGGACGCCAAUGAUGUGUGCGUAGAACAGCCUGAUGAGAAGUCGAUCAUUACGUAUGUGGCCGCCUACUACCAUUAUUUUAAUAAGAUGAAGGCUGACACCGUACACUCCAAGCGUAUCGGCAAGGUUGUGAACCAAGCGAUUGAAUCGUCUCAACUGAUUGACCAAUACGAACAGUUGACGUCCGAGCUCCUCACCUGGAUUCAAAAAACAAUUGAGCUUCUUAACGAUCGCGUUUUUGCGAAUUCAUUACCAGAUGUGCAGCAUCAAUUGGCAGGCUUUAAUACCUACCGUACGGUCGAUAAGCCGCCUAAAUUUGUUGAAAAAGGUGCCCUUGAAGUACUUCUUUUUACAUUGCAGAGUAAGAUGAGGGCUAAUAAUCACAAGGUUUACAGCCCACCUGACGGAAAAUUGAUCUCUGAUAUCAAUCGCGCUUGGGAAAAUUUAGAAAAGGCAGAACAUGCUCGUGAAUUGGCAUUACGUGACGAACUGAUCCGACAGGAAAAACUUUCGCAGCUUGCUACCCGUUUUGAUCGCAAGGCAGGCAUGCGUGAGGCUUGGCUAUCAGAAAACCAGCGUCUUGUUGCGCAAUACAACUUCGGUUCCGAUCUCGCCGCCGUUGAAGCUGCUACCAAGAAGCAUGAGGCCAUUGAGACAGAUAUUUCUGCCUAUGCUGAACGCGUUAACGCUGUAGUUAGCGUGGCAGAAGAGCUUCAGCUUGAGAAUUACUAUGACAAUGACCGUAUUCAAAUGCGUCGUGAAAAUGUCCUUCGUUUGUGGAGCAAUCUUUUAGACCUGCUUCGCAAACGCCGUGCUUGCUUAAACUUAAGCCUCCAACUGCAGCGUGUCUUCCAGGAGAUGUCUUACCUACAGGAUUGGAUUGAUGAGAUUGGUAAUCGAUUGAAAUCCGAAGACUACGGGAAGCAUCUCAUGGGUGUUGAUGACCUUUUGCAGAAACACAAUCUUCUAGAGGCGGAUAUUCGUGUUCUUGAUGACCGGUUAACCCAAGUGUUGGACCAGGCCAAAGUUUUUGUCGACUGUAACUUCCCCGAGAACGUGGAAGGUUAUCGUCCAAUUGAACCGGAGUUUGUCCAAAAGCGUGGCGAGGAUUUACGUGCCGCUUACGAGAAGUUGCACGAAUUGGCUGAUGCGAGGCGCCAAGCCCUCGAAGAUUCUCGUAAAAUGUGGCAAUUCUUCUGGGAUAUGGAUGACGAGAAGGAAUGGAUAAAGGAAAAGAGCCAGCUUAUGUCAAGCCCCGAUUUGGGUCACGAUCUUACUUCUGUCGAACGUUUGCUUCGCAAACACCGUGCCCUUGAGGAAGAAUGCAAGAUUCGUCAGAAUGUUUUUAACAAUUCUGUUGUUACUGGUAAUAAUCUCAUCAACGAGGGUAACCGUGGCAAAGAAGCCAUCCAGCAACGAAUCGAUGAAAUGCACGAGCUUUGGGAUCAGCUGGCUGACGUAACGGCAGAACGUAAACAGCGCCUGCAGGAAUCACAAGAGUUCUUCCAACUGAUGGCCGAUUGCGAUGAUGCAGAUGCUUGGCUUAUUGAUCAACAGCGCAUAGCAAGUAACGAGGAUGUUGGCUUGAAGAUGUCCACUACUGAGUCGUUAAUCAAAAUCAACCAAGAGUUAAUGGAAAACCUCGAACAAUACCGUGAAACCAUCAACCUACUCCAUGUUACCGCCGCUAAAGUCUCGGAGUAUCCUGACAGCGAUUCUACUAUUAUUGGUUCCCGUCUCGACAACGUUGACGAAAACUACAAUAGAGCUUUGGAGUUGGCUAAGCAAAGACAACAGCGCCUUUUGGAUGCGUUGUCUAUGUAUAAGUUAUUUGAUGUGUCAGAUACGGUUCGUACAUGGAUUACUGAAAAAGAAAGGCUUCUCGCUACACUGUGCCCCUCAGAUGUGAUUCAAGAGCUAGAGGUUACACGACAUAGGUUUGAAUGCUUUGAGAAGGAGAUGACGAAGAAUGCAGAAAAAGUUAGUUCCGUCAAUAAACUUUCAGAGAAUCUGAUUAAAACUGAUCAUCCUGAUUCGCAGCAAAUUGUUAUCCGCCAAGACAAACUCAAUGCUACAUGGAAUGGUUUAGCUGAUUUGGUAGAGAAACAGAAAUGCCGAAUUGAAACUGCUCAUCAGUAUAAUCAAUAUUUGCUCGAGUGUCAAGAAACAGCAUGUUGGAUCAAAGAUAAGAAAAAUUUGAUUGAGUCGACCGAUGAACUAGGCAACGAUUUAGAGGGUAUUAUGCAGCUUCAACGUCGUCUGAGCGGUCUUCAGCGCGACCUCCAGGCUAUCCAGGCCAAGAUCGACCAUCUUGAUGAACAAGCAGACGUUCUGGUUGUCACCAAACCAGAAGAGGCGGAGGCUAUACGGGCUGAGAGGAUGAAGAUUCAUGAUCUUUGGGACGAAUUAAAGGAAAUGUUGAAGGAACGUGAUGACCGUUUGAACGACUCCAGUGAACUCCAACGGUUUUUGCAGGAUCUCGACCAUUUCCAGGUUUGGCUACGAAAGGCUCAAGUUACUGUCGCAUCUGAAGACGUCCCUAACACUCUUCCCGAAGCCGAGAAGCUACUGCAGAAUCAUGAACAAUUCAAGCCUGAAAUUGAUGGUUACGAGGACGACUUCAAGCGACUCAUGGAAAUGGGUCGGAGGGUAGUGGAGAAUCAGUCCGAUCCACAGUACCUCUUCCUUGCCGAGCGUCUUGAUGGCAUUGAGGAAAAUUGGGUAGCUCUACACAAAAUGUACGAGGAUAGAGACAAGGUCCUCAAGCAGGAUGUUGAAGCUCAGUCCUUCUUCAGAGAUGCUACCCUCAUGGAUAAACUCAUCAAUAAACAGGAGGCUCUGAUUUCCAAGGAAGUUGUGUCUACUCCAGAAUCUGUGGACGAAGCCUUGCGUAAUCUCAACACCUUCCAGGCCGCAAUGCCCGCCAACGACGAAAAGAUCUCCCAAGUCAUCGCCGUUGGUCGAGACUUAGCCGCUCGUGGCGUGUUCCCCGUUGAGAAAAUCCUAGCUAAGUGUGAUCAACUUGAACAAAGGCGUCAAGCUGUCAAGGAGAAGGCGAUUGACCGUGAGGCCAAAUUAGCUCAACAUUCCAGGCUGCAAGGAUUCGUUCAGGAUGUCGAUGACGUUGAAGAGUGGAUCUCCGAAAAAACGAUACUCGCCCAGCAUGCACCACCACCUCGAGGUGCUGGCAUUGCCGCCAUCUAUGGGAAAUUCAAGACUUUUGAAAGCGAGUUAGAUGCAAACAAGGAUAAAAUUGAGAAAGUCAUUGCCACUGGUGAGCAUCUGAUUGCUGAACAACCGCAGUUACAAGCGGAGAUUGAACCACGGAUAGAGGUUCUUCGCCGUCAAUGGGUUGACUUGAAUAAUCAGGCUCAGGAGCAAAGCGCCAAACUGGCUGACUCGAACCGGGAGGCAUUGUUUGACGAGACAGCCAAGUCCAUGCUCACCUGGAUCACCGAGGUCUCCUCGCAGAUUGUCACCACUACAGAGGAGGUAACGGAAGAAGUCGGACUUGUGGAACUGAACGAACAAAUUAAGGAUCAAGAAAGAAAGGAGCAAGAGCUAAUGGCCAAGCGCAAAAUGCUCGAGGACAUGGCUAAACAUGCCGAGAAGCUUAAGGAGCAGUAUCCUGACAGAAAGGACGAAUUUGAACAAGUCCAUCAGGAAGUACGCAUUCGUCUCACAGAACUCGAGGCCCCAAUGGCCAAUCGUCGCGAUCGGCUCACUAAGCAGAAACGUGUGCGCCAGUUUUUCCGUGACUUAGAAGAUGAGAAAGAUUGGAUUAGGGAGAAACUCGCUAUCAUUGAAGACCACGGUCGCAUGGGAACUAGCCUACUUAGCAAUCAACAAAUGCAACGACGUCACAAAAUGCUCGCAAAUGAGGUCGAUAACCACCAACCACGUAUCGAUGCCGUUUGUCAGCAAGGUGAAGAGAUGAUUGCUGAUGGUCACCCUCACAGCGAGAAGUUCCGAGAGGGUAUCGACGAAGUUAGAGCUUUGUGGGCUUCGCUGCGCCUAGCUCUGGACGAUCGCCAAGCUGCUCUCUUGCAAAACGAAGUCGCCCAACAGUACCUUUUCGACGCUAGCGAGGCAGAGGCUUGGAUGGGUGAACAAGAGCUUUAUCUUAUGGGAGACGAGAAGGCUAGGGACGAGCAAGGUGCUACCAAUGCGAUGAAGAAGCAUGAGCUACUUCAAAAGACAAUCGAGAAUUAUGCAAGCGAGAUUCGUUCCUUGGGUGACCGUUGUCGGGCCAUGGUUGAAUCUGGACACCCCGAAAGUGAAGUAGUUGCCGCUAAGCAGUCUAGAGUGGACAAGAUGUAUGCUGGACUACAUGACCUUUGCUUGGAACGUCGGUUGAGACUGGAAGAGAUUCUGAAGCUCUACAGCCUGCUCCGUGAAAUCCUCGAUCUGGAAGCUUGGAUCGCUGAACGCACAGUUAUUGCCAGUAGUCACGAAAUGGGUGCCGACUACGAGCACUGUUGUCUCUUGAGGGAACGUUUCGCUGACUUCUCGAAGGAGACUAACGAAUUAGGGAAACUGCGAGUGGCAAGCGCCAACGAGUUGUGUGACGCCCUCAUCGCUCAGGGUCAUGGAGAAGCUGCUGAAAUCGCCAGCUGGAAGGAUCGUGUCAAUGAAGCCUGGGCUGAUCUUCUUGAGUUAAUCGAGACCCGAAUCCAACUUCUCAAGGCGGCAUGGGAUCUUCACAAAUUCUUGUGUGACUGCCAGGAUGUUCUUGACAGGAUCGCUGAAAAAUCAGGGAUAAUUCCGGAGGAUGUGGGCCGUGACGCCAAAGCUGUUGCUGUCCUCCAGCGCAAGCAUGCGGCCUACGAGGCCGAGCUAUCUCGCCUGGGGCAGCAAGUUGAAGAGGUUGUCGAUUUUGCCAACAACCUGUUGCCUAGCUACGCGGGUGACAAAGAAAGCAUCAUCUGUGAUCGUCGUGAUGAAGUUGUUCAGGCAUGGAGGCAACUGCAGUACGCCGCCGAACAGAGGAAGAUACACCUCCUGGAUGCUAGCGAUGUUCACAAGUUCUUUGCCAUGGUCCGGGAACUCCAACUAUGGAUGGAAGCCAUGCGCACCGAAAUGACCAUUAAGGAGAAACCAAGGGAUGUUUCUGGAGUUGAGCUGUUGAUGAACAAUCACAAGAGUCUUAAGGCUGAGAUUGAUGCCCGUAAAGAAAACUUUAGUAUCUGUUUGAGUCUCGGACGAACUCUCCUCAAUCGACGUCACCCACGAGAGGAGGAGAUUCGGGAGAAGUGCAUCCAGUUGGUCACUGAGCGCGUGAUCAUGCUGGAACAGUGGAACGACAGAAAUGAGAACCUUCAGCUAAUGUUAGAGGUUUAUCACUUCGCUCGUGACGCGGCCGUUGCUGAGGCCUGGCUCAUUGCCCAGGAGUCCUUCGUCAAGAGCCCCGAUCUCGGUGAAUCUUUGGAUGAGACUCUUGCUCUGCUCAAGAAACACCUCGCCUUUGAGAAGGCCGUAGCUACCCAAGAGGAACGAUUUAUUGCUCUCGAAAAACUAACCACGCUUGAAUUGAAAGCCAAAGAAAAAACCCCGGAGAGUGAAGCCGCACGCAAAAAAGCAAUUGAACAGAAAAUUGUCGAUGCCAGUCGCGAGUUUCAGCCUCUUCCAUCCACUUCACAGCCUGCCGUGCCUUCCGGCCCAAUGCAUGGUACGCCACUUCGCCGUGGCUUUGAAACACCAACAGGUCGCUCUCUCCGUGAAUCUGUCGAUUCCGGCCGUCCCACUCCACGCAAUCUCGAAGCUCUCCUACAUCGGAAGAACGAGUGGGAAACCACAGUCAAACGAGCAUUCGGACGGUCUUGGGUUGAGCUUUACUUUGUUCUUGAUGCUACUCUUGGCACCCUUUCCGCCUACAAGGACUCUCGGUCUGCGCAUGAUAAACCGGGACACUUGUACCACAAAGUGCCUCCUGUUAAUCUUGCCGGUGCUGUGGCCGCUCCUGCCACUGAUUAUGACAAGCGUCCGUAUGUAUUCCGUUUGAAGUUACCAAACGGCGGCGAGUCAUUGUUCCAAUGCCUCUCAGAAGACGAAAUGCAUACUUGGGUCGAAACAAUCAACUCGGUCUCGGCUUCACUCCCAGCCCCUGUCAAGGUAAUGCCGACCACGGAAGAAGAGGAGGCAGAAGGCGGAUUGGUUUCGCCUGCUGGUCGCUCUGCAACUCUCCCCUCAACUGCUCUCCACCUUUCUGAAACUACGAGUAGUGGUGCGCAAGUUCCUGCACCGUCUAAGCCGAAGAAAAAGUUCCUCACGCUUAUGCGAAAAAAGUAA